CGCGCAGAGCCGGGCGCGCGUGUGCUAGAUAUGGCGCCCCGCGGCGGCCGGUGAGGCGCCGGCCCCGCCGACCGCCUCGGGUCGACGGGCCAGCCAGGCCAGACGGACAUACGUCCCACCAUGUCCUUGCUCAGCGUCACAGUAAAAAAGGCGCGCUACGUGGGUAUACAAGCAACUCAAUUCAACACAUACGUGACACUCAAACUACAGAAUGUCAAGUCGACGACGGUGACAGUGAAGGGUCCGACACCAAGCUGGGAACAGGACUUCCUCUUUGAAAUCAACGAUAUCAACCUGGGCCUGUUGGUGGAGGUGUGGAACAAAGGUGUUAUCUGGGACCGCGCUCUUGGCUACCACUACCUGCCUCUCACAUCCGUCGCUUAUGAUGAGCAAGAGUGCGGCGGGCGGUGGGUGGAGCUGGAGGCACAGCUGAUGAUGCGCGGCGGCGCGGUGGUAGGCACCACCGGGCCGACCGGCCAUGCCUUGUUACUGGACUGCCGCUUCGAACCGCCUUUUGAUGCGGAAGGCACCGGCGGCGCCGACUUGCAGCGCAAGCUGGACUUGCUCAACGGCGCCCUCGACGCCGAGCGGGCGGAGCAGGCACGCCGACAGCUGCAGUACGUGGCCCAUUCGGGGUAUUCAGAGGAUUCCGACUACACGUCGGACCUUAACUACCCGGUGGGCCAGCACGCCAACUGCAGCGCGUCGCAGUUCAGGAGCGCUGCGCAUCAAAUGCAUACGCCACAGAGAUCUUUGGAGGUGUCUCGAGAGAACUCUUACGAAAGAGACGAGUACCAUCUUCAUGGCGACACUGAUCCGCUCUAUUACAAUAGCCAACCUAGAACUAAUAGAAUAGAUACGUGGUCGCAGUUGCAUGCGCAGGCUAGCGUCGAGUCCGCCAUUUCUUGGCGGACGGCGGCAGAUUGGCAGUCUGGAGAAGAGCAGCGAAGGCCGAGCCUCGAGCGCCAGAAUACGUUAUACGACGAUAGCAUAGGAUACGGGUAUGACCCAUAUACCACUAGUACGCACAUUAGGGACCAUUCACAUAAUAUAUCGCAACAGGCCAGCUAUGAGGAGUACUACGACUCCAGCAGUUAUCCGUACCAGGCGUACGAGCCUCACUGGGAAGGCAGGUACUUCUACGAUGAGUGCGGUCUCACGCCUACCGAGUACGAGAACAUUGUCAAUAAACGCCGGUCGUCAGUUGUGCAGUUACCACAAAUGCCGCCUAAACAGUUGCCACCUUCAUCUCGUUAUUCAGACUAUAAUGAGAUGGCACCUUAUAGGCCUCGGCCGCGACGUACAGCAGCUAGUCUUCCAGCAACACCUUCAUCAACGCCGAAGCGCGGUCGAGCGUUGCCCGUUGCCCCGGGUAGCGGCAGCGAAUCAGGUUGGAGUCGCCGUGGUAGACGGUUGCCGCGACCACCCGCGGCAGCGGUCACAACGCGACUGCCGCCCGCACCAUUCGCGACCUCGCACACACAAGUGCCUUACAUACAAGAACCCGAGAGAACGGUACCUGACGUUAGUAGUUAUGGCUACGAUAGCUACGGGUAUCAACAACAAUCACAACAGCAGCAACAAAUUCAACAACAACCAUAUCAAGAUACCACUGUAACUCAGUAUCAGGACAACAAUUACAAUACUACUAGUUACGACGAUGAGGGAAUGCAACCGUUCUUCGACGAGACACCGCACGCUACACCGCCAGCUGCGCAAGCUCAAAAAACGACGUGGGCAGAGACAGAAAGUUCCACACAGUUUUCAUAUCCUGUGAAGAGUUUAGAAGAUUCUGUGAUAACAAAGUCAGUGCCAUCAAAAAUCACAUCAUAUAUUCAAACGACAGUGACCGCAAAACAAGAUAUUAUUGCACCUAAGCAUGAAGAAAACUACGAGCAAUAUGAUUUAAAUAAGUAUGAGGAGCAACAAUACCAAAAGUUUGAUCAACAAGAGCAGUCUUACCAAGAUAGUCAAAAUCAGUAUUUAGAUCAAACAACAGACAGACGUCCUCAGUAUCAAUAUGAUACACAGUAUGAAGAUGAACAAGACUAUCAAAAUAGUGAACAGCAGAAAUAUAACGUUCAGUAUGAUCAAAACGAUUACCAACAGCAGCAGAAUGUUCAUAGAUCAUUCAUGGCAGGAGGUGCAAAAAAACUUGGAAGUUUUUUUGGUGCUGCUGCUGCCGCUGUUGCUCCUUCUCAACAACCUUCUGUUUCCAUGUCUAUGGCUCCUGGUUCACAUAUAGAUUCAACUUUAUCCUCAACUUACGAAUCAGCAUCCAUUGCACCAUUUACAAGUGCAACUACAAUAUCUGCAACAACAUCCGUCCCUGUGUCUGAUGAAUCAGUUCCCAUUACUAGUGUGACGACAUCUGCCCCAUCGUUACCAAGAACGCCUUCGCUACGGAGACAGGAUUCUAUGCAAAGACCUCCAGUGCGAAGAACACGAACCUUACCUGAUGCUCCAGAUGAUUAUACAACAGGAAGUUUUGAUGAAAGUGCCUACGAGGAUGAGUACAAUAAGACUGAACUUGAUCAAGUAGAUCGCGAUAGGACAUCUUUAGAUAGGUAUCAUGACGAAGACUACGUUCAUGAUACAAUUCAUGAAGAUGUCGCAGAAGAAGCAAAAGCUGUAGAAGAAACCAGUCCAAGUAUACAAAAGACUGCGUCGCCAACAAAAACGGUUUCACAAGUCAGAAAGCCUUCUGUCGACAGUUAUCACAGUCAAGCGCCUUCUAUUCUUGACCGCAAAACUUCACAAAGUUCUUUUAUAUCCCAACAUGAAGAAAAACUGACGAUACCAACUACUAUUGAAGAACCAACCACAGAUACAUCAAAUAUGGCAUUUCACGAAGAACGCACAACGUAUCAUGAAGUUCCGGAUGAACAGGAUAGGUUUGAGAGGCAAGAAUCGUUUGACCAAGAUAAUGAGUAUCAGGACGACCAAGAUCAAGACGAGACUUUUAGAGAUGAUGAGAAAUUCCAAGACCAGGACAGAUUUGAUGAGGCCGACGAGCAGUAUCCAGAGGAUAGUGUUUUUAAUGAAGAGCAAAAUAGGCACGACCAAGAACAAUUGGAUUUCCAGCCGGAACAACCAAAGCUUACUCCGAAACAAAGGUGGCAUCGAGCAUACAACAAGAUCGUCAUGCAGCUCAACGUGAUAAAAAUGGUGCGAAGUAAAAAGUGCCAUGCUGUCAGCGAGGCCGAUAUACGUCGCGAGCAAACUUUUGAAUCCAACCGUUCGAAUGCAAGUGGUUCUCGCUUACGAGUCCGUCGAGGCUCAAGUCUCACUGACUUGGAUAAACUGCGGUGUAACGGAGGUUCUAGCGGUGGCGGGUCUAUCGGUGACUUGAUGAACAUGUUCAGUGGUAGUGUGAACUCUGUCGGAAGUGAUACUUUGGUGGCUCGAACUGUUCCUUUGGAGACUGUUCGUCGUAACUUGCCUUCCAUGUCAACACCACCGCCACAUCCACCACCGUCACCACUUAUACACGUGUCUAGGCCUGUGGGUCCUUUGACUAUGGCUCAAAGGACCUUGAGGUUUAGCAGGCUAUUGAAGUAUCAGCCGUGUUCUUCCGAUGUUGUCAUAUUGCUGGUGAGUGUUAUCUAG